GAUUCACUUGUAUGCACAUGGUCGCACUCAGGCAAUUUACUUAAUAAAGCCUACUGCAAAGCGCCUAUAUGGAGCAUCGAUGUGUCCGAAGAAAAUACCAUACAUGUGGGUGGAGGUGAUGGAUCUGUGUCUACGCAACCUUUUGAACCCUACAAGAACCUGAAAACGAGUUUUCUACCUGGUUUUCUACCUGGCAAUGAUACACGCGAUUUUCCUAAAUACGUUUGCUAUUUGCACGACGACACAAUAUUAGUCUUCACUGAAUUGGGAAAACUACUGCAUUACAGCAAAGAAAUGGUGCAUAAGAGUACUAUGUAUUUAAGAAAAGACUAUUAUAUUAUGCAAGUUUCUCUCGAUCGCAGACGUGUCGCUUUUGCAUCUAGAGAAGGCUACGUAAAAGUAUACGAAGAGCACCGUGGGACUUUACGUACGCAGUUUACAUACGAAAUGCAAGUAAUGAAAUCACAAAUUUUUUCUUUGCAAUGGCUGAGCACUCAAUGGUACUCUGCUCUCGCAGUAUGUGGAGCGAACGGUCUUCUGCGAUUAAUCCGUUUUUCUGCUGAAUUCUAUGAUGAGCCUAGAAUAAUUAACGUACACUACGUGUUACCACCCAGUCGAGAACGUUGGUUGACUGCAGCUAUAAUGUAUGAAGUUGGGAAUAACGAUAAGGGCACGCAAUCGUUGUUAAUAUGUGGUGACAGAGCUGGGAAUGUUCAUGUAUUUAUAACACAGCGGGGAGAUAUCUUGACUGAGUCUGUGAUUAUUAGAAAGCCUAUUCAAACGCUCCAUAAAAUUCAUGGUAAAAUAGGCGUCCAGUCGUUCGCUCUGUUUGAAGAAAAUUUAAUAACAUCCGGGCGCGACGGGAUGUUGAGAUUUUAUCACAUAUGUGAAUGUAGCAUAGUACCCUUGUCAAUGCAUAAAAAGAAGAUACCAAUGGACUGGAUUAGCGGCAUGAGAAACGUGAGAGUAGAAACAAAUAAGACAGAAAAGGAGGAGGUCCUUUUUAUAUUUGGUUUUAAACAGAUAGAUUUUAUAAUAUAUGACUUGUUGAAUGAAAGCAUAGUCGUCAGAAUUCCUUGCGGUGGCGGUCACAGAGCGUGGGACUGCAUAAUAUCGCACACGUCAACAAGUUUUGCCUACAUAAAAAAUAAACAGGUUCACGUAUGUGACAUGUCUCCUUCUCUCUUUUUUUCAUAUCCUAUUUUACAGAAUGGUUUUCACACAAAGGAGACAUGUUGCUUGCGACGAAUUACAAUUUUUCGUACGGAGAAGUGGGGUGAUAUUCGUGCUCCUUGGACUAUUUUCGUAUCCGGUGGUGAAGAUUGCGCUCUUCGUAUCAGCCGUAUUUGUCUACCAAACGAACGAAUUUUUUUUAAAAAUCUAGGAAUUUUCCAUGGUCACCUUUCGGGCAUAAAAUGCAUAAGUGUCGUUGAAUUGGACGAAUCUAAGCAUCUGAUCUUUUCUGGUGGAGGAAGAGCACAGUUGAAGGUUUGGCAGUUGAACGUUAAAAGAAUUGUGGAUCGGAGUAAUUAUUUUCCAAAAACCAAACUAAAUGUAUCGUGUUCCGAUAUGAAUUCUCAUAUGCUCUAUGGGCAAAAUCGGUAUUGUAAAAAACCAUGGCAGGAAGCUAAACAAUCCACUAUCGCAGAACCGGAAACACGUUACAUGGAUAUUUAUGCCUUUUACUGUUUCAAGGGACUGCAGCAAUUCUUUAAUCGCGAGUGUGUGCUAAUCUUUGCAGCUUGUGCAGAUGGAUAUUUAAGAUUACUCGUAUAUGAAAUUAACACCAACAUCAUAUAUUUAAAAGUAUCUACUAAAUACGUAGAUCGUUGCAUCUUGAAGAUUCAUAUAAUGUCAUGGGAAACCAAAUUAAUUGUGUUAACUAUGAGUACGGAUGGAAAGUUACGUUUCUUCGAUUUUACCGCCGCGGUCUUGAAAAUACAUGAGGAUGUGAAGUCUGGAAAUCGAAGCAUUGUGAAUUUCCACGAUAUCCCUUUCGCAGAAUUCAGCCUACAUCAGUCGGGAAUUAAUUGUUUUGAUUUGAAGAAAAUGAAUGAGAAUGAGUAUCUUCUGGUUACCGGCGGCGACGACAAUCUUCUCAGUAUCGUUCACUUUCAAAUCUGCAUGUCGGAAACUAAUACCCUGUCGGCUGAAAUAUUAUCCAAAUGGAAUACGUCGUCCGCACACUGCGCACAAAUUGUCGGUGUGAAAUUGAUAGGCAAUAUAAUAUGUAGCGUGGGAAUAGAUCAGCAAGUUAUUACUCACAAGUAUUUAUGUUCCAAUCGAGUCAUACAUGUAGACAUCUUAAAUCAAGAAUUUACAUCUGUUACGGACGUGCAAGGCAUGGAGUUGGACGACCACGGCAAACACUCGGCCGAGCUUUUUAUAUAUGGACGAGGAUUUGAAAUAUUUAAUUUAAGAAAGGCGUCAGAUCCAAGACAUCGUCAAGUUCAAGAUUAAUGACAAAAAAACAUUUUCUGUGAAAAUAUCUCAUAUAUGUAUAUACAUAUAUAAUAUUAUAUUUAUUCAUACAU